AUUUCCACCAGGUACAUUUCCAACUCAUGCAGAGGAACAAGUGCCGAAUUUGUGUAGUAUGCAUCACUGAACAAACAUUGUUCGUCGCUUUUGUCCCCCCGCCCAACUCGUGCAAACAACGACAUUCCCGGACAGUUUGGUGAACUGUGACCCGGAGAAUGAGUCGUUCUCACCCUCAAAGCGGAGUCGGUGAUGGAGGAAAGGGUUCUGUAAUUUUUAACAUGUCACAGAUCUCCGUUCGUUCGGUGCACUUGUUGCGUUGGUUGUUAAUUGUGGCUGCGGUGCUAGGGUUUGCUUAUGUCUUUUAUUGGCAUCGGUCACAUCUGCAAGCCGAGGCUAACCGAAGGCUGGGAAUCGGUGAUAUAGAGGUACCAUCUCUGAAAAAUGUGGGUCCAGAAUUCAUUCUUGGAAAGGUGGCCAAGAAGCUCAGAAUUCUCUCUGGGAGUUUUCAUUACUUCAGGGUCGUUCCUGAGUAUUGGGAAGAUCGCCUCCUGAAGAUGAAAGCAUGUGGGCUCAACACGAUCACCACGUACGUUCCGUGGAAUAUGCAUGAACAAGUCAGGGGUGAAUUUGACUUCUCUGGCCAAUUGGAUAUCGUAGCCUUUCUAAAUCUUGCCAAGAAGGUUGGCUUGCACGUUAUCCUAAGGCCAGGGCCCUACAUCUGUGCUGAGUGGGAUCUUGGAGGGCUGCCAAGUUGGCUCCUAAGCUACGAUGAGAUGAAGCUGCGCUCCAUGUAUCCUCUUUUUGUUGACGCUGUGGAUAAAUACUUUGAUCAACUGCUCCCUCUUGUUGCGGGACUUCAGCAUUAUCGCGGAGGACCAAUUAUAGCAUUUCAAGUUGAGAAUGAGUAUGGGUCUUACGGCAGCGACAAACAGUACAUGACUUUCAUCAAAGAGGCCAUGGAGAAGCGUAACCUCAAGGAAAUGUUUCUGACGUCUGAUAAUAGCAGAACGGCAAUGAAAAACGGACAUCUGCCUGAUGUUCUGGUGACGGCAAAUUUCCAAGUCGAUGCUGAAAGACACUUUCAAGAAGUGAAAGAAAUUCAGGGUUCGGACAAACCGUUGAUGGUGAUGGAGUUCUGGUCAGGAUGGUUUGACCACUGGGGGGAGAAGCAUCAUGUCUUCAGCUCUAGCGGUAUUGCUGACUUGGUCAAAACGAUCCUAGAUUUGGAUGCCUCGAUCAACUUCUACAUGUUUCACGGAGGCACUAACUUCGGUUUCAUGAACGGCGCAAAUGUUUUACCGGGCGAGGGACAAACGUACACGUACGCAGCUGAUGUUACAAGUUACGAUUAUGAUGCACCGUUAUCGGAAGCAGGAGAUCUGACUGAAAAAUACUACAAAGUGAAGGACGCAUUGAAGGCUAACACUGCAAAAGGCACAAUUCCAGACAACCUGCCAAGCAUCCCCACCCAGAUUGGUAAAAUGGCGUACGGUGACGUCAAGCUAACACACUACAUGACCAUGGACGAUGCGAUAGAAUUUAUUGGGAAACCAAUCACUACGGAGAAUCCUGUUGCCAUGGAGAAGUUGCCCAUCAACCAAAAUGGAGGCCAGGGUUACGGUUUUCUUCUUUAUCGUACGAACAUCGAUCACAAACCUGAGACGCUUCAUCUGAAUCACCCACCGCACGACAGAGCUCAGGUAUUCCUCAAUUCUAAACCCGUUGGAGUAAUGACAAGAGUGACUGAUAAAAAAGAUACUACGCUUGCAUUAACGGGCGGUGAAGACGGUCAGAAUGUGCUGGAACUCUUCGUUGAGAACAUGGGUCGGGUUAAUUACGGUGACAUCUUAGACCACGAAAGAAAAGGAAUAUUGGGAGGUGUACAAGUUGAUGGCAAGCCGCAGACAAACUGGGACAUGUUUCCUUUUGAAUUCAAAAAGCCCUUUUUGGAGGCUGUUUCUUCCUCCUCUAACUGGAAGGAAUUUACAGUCGAUGUGAAAAGACCAGCACUCUACAAAGGUGUGCUAGAAAUUAACGACAAGACGCCUAAAGACACAUUUGUGGAUAUGACGGGAUGGGAAAAAGGUGUUAUUUUCAUCAAUGGUUUUAAUCUUGGUCGUUAUUGGAACAUUGGUCCAACUACGAGGUAUUAUUUGCCUGGUCCCCUUCUAAAAAAUGGGAAAAAUGAGAUUAUUAUUUUUGAGCUUCAUCACGGCAGCGAUAAAAUCACCCUGACGGACAAGCAUAGCUUGGGUGAAGUAGUUCACGUAACGAAUGAUGAAGAUAUACCACAAUGAAGAGCAAACUGAAUCGAUCUACAGAACAACGUCAGAUCCUGGGGAUGUUACUUCAUUUUUCUCGCAAAGAUGACUUGAAGGGACACGUUGCCUUGGAUCGGUCGAUUUGGUGUAUGAAAAGCAUUUGAAACUGUUC